ACGCCGUUAAAAUGGAGCAGAUCAUCCUAGCUUCAAUGUCACCCUUUCCUGCAUGCGGAAAUAUUAAAGGGACCGAUGUCCCUUUUGGGUCUACAACAUCGAGCAUGAAGGUAAUGCUGAAAUUUCUCUGUCAAAAUGUUCGCACUCAUUUUCACGGUCAGCCUGCUCCUGGCACCGGCUCUCGCCGACCUCGAGACCGUAAGGAGCAGUGGUCGCGAUCGAACCUACUGGGUCCAUGAACCGGAUGAUUUCAAAGAAGGGCAAACAUACCCAGCCAUCAUCGCAUUUCAUGGAAGUAGCGGAAUCGGCUACAAUAUCGACGGCUUUGCGAUGGAAGCUGAUGUGCGAUUAUCCUUGCCGGUAGUGCCGACGCCAUAUUCUUCUGACAGAUACUUCUUCUACCCCGACGGCGUUAACGGCUACUGGGCCGGUCCAACAUACGCCAACGUCUCCGUAUCCGAAGAUCUCCAAUUUGUAACCGACCUACUCUCCGACAUCAAAUCCAAAUACAGCAUCGACACAAACCGUAUGUAUGCAACUGGAUUAUCGAAUGGGGCUGGCUUCGUGGGCACGAUUGCAUGUAGCGCUGAAGUUGGUGCUCACUUUGCUGCUUUUGCGCCUGUUGCGGGAUCGUUUUAUACAGAUGUUAACGGCACGGAUUGUUCGCCUGCGAGGUCACCGUUGCCCAUUCUCGAGAUUCAUGGGGGCAGUGAUAGGACUGUUUAUUAUGAAGGGGGUGAGGGUGAAGGAGGGCCUUUGCCUGCUAUUCCGACUUGGUUUGAAUACUGGCAGCAGCGGAACGGAUGUACAUUCAAUUCCACUGUCGACAGUGACAACGGCAACGUCCAUCACACGUCCUGGAUCUGUGGCGGGCAAAACGGGACACUGCAGCACUGGAAAGUCGAUGAAAACGGACAUGACUGGCCGUCAAAAACAAUCAACUUUGAUAUGGUGGCAGCAGGAAUGGGCCCGCAGCCGAUUGAGGCUAAUGAUAUUGUGAUUGACUUUUUUGAUCAGUUUUCUCUUGAUUGAGUACAUACUAUUGUCCAAGAGUAUCCCGUGCACUGUCUGUACCUAGGUAGACAGUUACCAUGAAUAUGAAAACUAA